UCGCAUCGCGUCGUUCAGCGUCGAUCGCUGAUAAAAAAUAACUUAGACGUAUGUACUUACGCCGGUACGUGUUGUGGACUUUUUUGCGUGAUCAGUUUUUUCUUAAAAACAAGGGAAAUUUUUAGAAACAAGGAUUUGAGAAUCACAUGGAUGGAUAUUCUGGAACUUAACAAAAUAUCUGCAGCCCCAAAAAAGGCCAAUCAAAAACAGUCAACGAAGAUGAAGUUAAGCAAAGUUGGAAAUCAAACUAAUUCGCAAGACCCACAAGCGGUAAAUUCACGGUUAUUCGUGGGAAAUUUAAAUACUUUUCAAUGUUCAAAAACUGAUGUUGAGAGGAUGUUUCAACGAUAUGGGCGUCUAGCUGGUAUAUCAAUGCACAAAGGAUACGCUUUCGUCCAGUUCACAAAUCCUUUUGAUGCUCGGAGUGCCUGUUUAGGAGAAGAUGGCAGAACCGUACUUAGUCAAAUAUUAGAUGUAAAUAUGGUGGCUGAACCAAAACCCCAUCAAACUGGUAGGAAACGACAAAAUAUUGCCAAAACAGGAAAUGAUUGGGAUUACUACUACGAUAGUUAUUACGCUUCGACAGCGUUUCCUGUCGGACCCACUCGACUGGUUCCUCCUAUAAAGAGACAGAGGUUGAUGACCACGACUAGAAAUGGUAAAAAUCAAUCUCAAAAAACAACGAUUAUUCCACCACUCGACCAACUCAAAGUUUAUAGUAAUCAAGAUAUAUUGAUAUGCGGUAACUGCAGAGAACUUUUUUCCGAACUCCAAGAACUCCUCGAACACAAAAAGACCUACUGUAAAUUACGUUUCACCUGCAAAUGUGAUUCAAAUAAAUCCAAAUCUCCGGAGGAUCCUCACGCAUCAGCUUCUCUCUUAUGUGUUCAAUGUAAAGACGCUUUCCAAAAUGCUUGGGAUCUCAUGGUACACGCCCAAGCUGCCCACAUGUUGAAUAUAUACGAAUUGGGUAUACCAUCAAUGGAAAACUGUUCUCCACCAACGAAUUCUCCUAGAGAUAAUAACACACCAGAUAAAGAUUCGAAAUCCCACACCGGCGACGAAGAAAUCGGUAACGCGGACUUGGAAACCGACGACCACGACGGGGAAUUCGUAGAAAACGGCCGCGACGGUCUGACGGGUACUCCCGAUUCCAACGAUAAAGAAUUGGAGGAUUUAAUGGACGUCCAAUCGGCGCCGAAAACUUGCAUUAUGCACGCGUUGAGUAUAGUUAGUGCGGCGCCUUCUUCUCAACCGGGUUCGACUCCGCCGCCUCUGGCGGCCGUAGCGCCGCAUACUCCGAACGGAGACGCAUGGAAACCCCACACGAGACUAUCGCCCAAGUUAGAACAGCAACCUUAUUAGUAGUUCCCUAAUUUUCGU